UAUUCAUGAUCACAUGAUCUCGUUGACGCUGCGGCAACACGCGUGUGACGAACUACUUCGUGUGUAAUGGCAUAGAUAAAAUCGUCGCAAAUGCGUUGCGUUGCGACAACAGCAAUGCGCCAAAACGUAAACUCUACCCCCCAAAUUCGAUCAAUUGCGCAAAUGCGACAACGCGCUCGAGUCGCAGAUCAACCUAACGUAACCUCACAUUGCUUGUCGUCACGAUGCUGAUACCUGUAUCAGUAGACAAUUUUCAUGAGCUCGUGCCCAUUGCUACACACAGUUUUUCUGUUAAAUCAAAAUAUGAGUUGCGAUGUGCCGCUAUUGCAUCGAGAAGAACUCGAAAAAAGUGCACGUAGGAGCGUUAUUGUGACGGAGUUUUUGAAUUAGCGUAUUUAUUAACCUUAAACCUUGCGUGCCGCGUACUACUAUGACGUAAAGACUGCAGUCGGCGAUAGCCGGGGGAGAAUAUCAUGGAUAAGCUGCGAUUAGGGUCAGAGUAUAUUCCAUUAGCGGACGACGGCAUGUCGAGAGCUCGCGUUGUCAUAUCUUUCGCCAAAGUAGCAUGGUUAACUGUGGCCUUGCCGUUUCUGGCGUUUACUUUCUGUGUUGCCUGGUCAAUUCUCUAUAAUUUCGAGCAUUCGACCUCCACGCAUUGUCAGGUGUACAAUUUCUUACCUUCUGUCUCGGCAGCCAUUGGUCAUUACAAGCCUCAGAGAAAUAUAUGGAAAACUGCCAUAGCGUUACAAGCAAUUAUCAGAAUUUUAGUAUGUAGACUGUAUUAUCGUUACUAUAAGGAGAACAUUUACAAGUGGGCACAAUAUUUAAGUAACAUUGCCCUCAUUAUGUACAUUGUUGAGAAUGUAUCUCUUGUUACAUUGAGCUUUUGGAGUUCCGAUGAGAAUUAUGCAUUCCAUAAGAUGUCUUUUAUAACAUUUUUGAUAACGUCCUUUAUACACAUGUUGCUAGUGUAUUAUAUUAUGAGGAAUUGUCGAAACAUCACAAAAGACUGGUUUGAUGCUACUUCCAUGAAAUGGAAACAGAGAUCAAUGAUGUUAAACGUGUUAUGUAUAAUAAUAGCAUCCUACUUCUUUUAUAGGCAUAACAAGUAUUGCGAGCCUUUUGUGUAUUCAAUGUUUGCAUUAAGUGAAUAUGGAGUUGUGCUUUCAAAUAUGGGAUUCCACCUGACUGCAGCGUUUGAUUUUGCCACAACGCGUCUGAUGAUAUCAGGAAGUGGACUGCGAAUCGUUUAAUAGUAUUUUAUAUACAUCACAGGUUGAAUGUUAUAUAUACUUAAGCAAUAUUGUACAUACUAUUUUUAUCUUGAUACGUCUGACUUCCAAAUUAGAAGGAAGAUUAGGCUAUACUCAACAGUGUCAAUCAUAGCUCUUAGAAAGCCUUAUAGAUAGUAGUAUCAAAUCUUCCUUGCAGAAGCAAAUUUCUUAGAAUAAUUUAGAUGUUGCAUUUAUAUAUGCAUAUGCAUAAAUGCAUUUUAUUUCAUGGAAGACCAAAUUACUUAGCAAUACUAUACGAGAGAUAUUAUUUGAUUCAGAAAAUAUACAUCUAGCUUCUUUAGAAACCCUUCGAUAAAAGUGCCUGUUGUUCCUCUCACGUUUCUUGUUUGAUUACGUAAUCACGCAUGAUGUACUGACGUCAACUGUAUUGUCAUAUUAGAACUUAAAAUCAGCAUCGAGUUUAUCGGCGAUAAAUUUUGCUAUCGCCAUAGAGCUAGUCGCAGCGGGUGAUGGUGCGUUUCGGCAAUGUAGCACUCUGCUUCCGAUAGUACCGGUGCCGGAGUCGAAAACGAAAUCGUCGAUUAGAUUGCCGUCGUUAUCCAACGCCUGUGCUCUCACACCGGUUGGUCCUCUGUUACAAAAUUGAAUUAUGGGAAGUUCGUGAGAGUUUUGCGAGAGCGGACACUACCGCAUGGAGAAUACUGACCUCUUGACAUCUUUAUAUGUUACUUCCGGGAUAAACUUUUGCAGGUCCUUUACUGCCAGCGGGUAGAAAAUCGAUUUUAUCACCUCCAUGCAACCUGGUACAAAAUAUCGGAAGCACAGCUUGUACAGGCCAGGGAAUUUCGCCAUUUCUAUACAGUCUUUUAUAUUUAUGUCGAACCAGCUGAGAGAGAAGUAAUUGUGCACAAUUUUAACGUCGUAAUCUUAUGCAUUAUAUACAUGUAGUCUACUACUAGUUAUUUUUCUUAAUGCAUAAUAGCAUUUAGAUGUAUAUUUUGCAAUUUUGCCUGCAGGAGUUAUUCAAUAAUAUUAUACAAUCAGUAAAA